GUUCGAGAAACGGCCCGGCCGACGCCUGCAUUCCUCAGAAAUCCCCUCUUCCUUCCCCGUCUUUUCCUUGCUUCCGCCCCUCACCCACCCCUCUCGAUUCUUCCUUCUCCCCCGUACCACACCACGGUGCUGCCAUCAUCGCCAUCAUCCGGAUAGCCCCUCUACCAAAUCACGGCUUCUCCUUUGCUUUCCCUUCCCUCCCUCCCAACCACUCCAACAUCACACGAACCCGAUCCAAUCCGACGCCAUUCGCCGCCCUUUGCAGCAGCCCUCCGAUUUCAUCUUGUCUCCGGGAACCAACAAAUCUGUGACGAUCGACUGGAGGGAGCAGAGAGUUAAGGCUGGGAUUUGCUGUUCGCAGAUCCGAGCCGCCGGCGAGUCGGGAGGGUUCACUCGUCUGAUGCGCGGAUCGAGGUGAGGGGGUCGGCAUGCCGAGCGUCGGCGUGAAGAUCUACAGCGUCUUCUUCAAGCUCCUCCUGCGCCACCGCCUCCAGUCGCUCGCCGCCGGGGAGGGCGGCGCCGACGCGUUCGGUGUCUCCUGCCGCCCCGACGAGGCCACCGCGCCGGCCAACCCGGCCUUCUCCGCCGCCGACGGCGUCGCCUCCAAGGACCUCCACAUCGACCCCAACUCCGCGCUCUCCGUCCGCGUCUUCCUCCCCACGCCGCCGCCGCACGCCCACCUCCUCAACCAGCGCCGCGCCAGCGAACCCGCGGCCGGCGCCGCCGCCGCGCCCUACAGGGGCUACCUCCCGCACGCCGUCUCGUCCCCUCGGGCCGCGGCCUCCGCGCGGCGAAGGCUGCCCAUCGUAGUGCAGUUCCACGGCGGAGGGUUCGUCACGGGGAGCAAUAGCUCCGCGUCCAACGACGCCUUCUGCAGGCGGGUCGCCAAGGCCUGCGAUGCCAUCGUAGUCGCCGUGGGCUACAGGCUUGCGCCCGAGAGCCGGUACCCUGCAGCGUUUGAUGACGGGGUCAGGGUGCUUAAGUGGAUCGCCAAGCAGGCAAAUCUCGCCAUGAUGAGCAAGGUCGGAGGUGGGGUGGACACGUUUGGUGCGUCCACCGUCGAGCCCUGGAUCGCUGCACACGGUGAUCCGGCAAGGUGUGUAUUACUAGGUGUAAGCUGUGGUGCCAAUAUUGCUGAUUUUGUCGCUCGGAAGGUGGUGGAAGAUGGAAAACUAUUUAAUCCAGUCAAGGUCGUAGCACAGGUUCUGAUGUAUCCUUUCUUCAUUGGAAGUGUUCCAACGCAUUCAGAAAUCAGACUUGCAAACUCUUACUUCUACGACAAGUCCACAUGUAUACUUGCUUGGAGAUUACUUCUAUCAGAGAAAGAGUUCAGCCUGGACCAUCCUGCUGCCAACCCCCUUGCCCCUGGCAGAGGAGGUCCACCACUGAAAUGCAUGCCCCCAACCUUGACAAUCAUUGCGGAACAUGACUGGAUGAGGGAUAGAGCGAUUGCUUACUCAGAGGAACUCCGCAAGGUAAAUGUGGAUGCACCAGUUCUCGACUACAAAGAUACGGUUCAUGAAUUUGCAACGCUCGAUGUGUUCCUCAAGACACCACAGGCACAGGCUUGUGCCGAGGACAUCGCCAUAUGGAUGAAGAAAUACAUAUCCCUCCGAGGGCAUGAGUUCUCGUAUUAGUUCUAGCAAAGAUCAGCAUUGUGAAAUAGACUCUUUACGGGGAAGCAUCAGUGUAUUCUCUUUCACCUGGUGAUGGGAGGCACUGCAAGCUAAAGGCGAUGAACCAGUUAGCGUAAUGUGAGUGAUGAGUACCUUUCCCCUUAUUGAUGAUCUUUGUGGAAGAAUAGUGUGCAAAUUGUAGAGUGAACUCAAAGACGGUGCUCUCCCCCCUGUAGAGCUCAGUUCUUUCAUUUCUUUUGUACCCUUUGUGAUAUAUUGAAUUGCUGAGGCUUAAAAUCACCAUUUUUGAGAAUAGAAAUACCCUGCAUGGUCAGUUCAAGCUGUUGACAUUA